CGCCAAGAGCUUGCAGGACCACAGAGACGGAAACCAUGCGCACUUCGUCCACCAAUCCGUUCUCGCCGCGGCAACUUUUGCAGCAACGCAUGGAUGCAGCCGCCAAGAGGACCACAGACACGGAGACCAUGCGCACUUCGUCUACCAAUCCGUUCUCGCCCCGGCUACUCUUGCAGCAACGCAUGGAUGCAGCCGCCAAGAGGACACCUGAGUUGAAACCUGCGCCGGUGACCCCGGGCAUUGCGUCCACAGAUCCGUUCUUGCCUCGAGACCUCUUGCAGCAGCGACAAGAUGCAGCAGCCAAGAGGACAAACGCAGAAGCCUUGCUUGACCAGCAGGGAGCAGCCGACAAGUACCAAAAGAGCCAACAACGGUUUGGCAUGUUGAUGCAAUCUCCAAAUGCAUUGGAGUUUUACACGUCACGUCCGCACUGCGGGAUAAAAAGGCAAGCAGUUCUGUCAUGUUUGCUGUUUGUUCUAAGUUGGAACGUGGCUCCAAGUUUGCCUGUUGGGAUUUCUUCAUGUCAUAUAUCUUCGGGACCAUAG